CCUUCAGAAAACAAACGCCAAGUUCGUUGACUGUUCUUCCAGCUGCUAUUCUGCAAGAUGAGCUUGCUGGUAAACCAAUGUGCGAGUCGUUGGAUUGGUGGCGAUGAGAAACUCUAUCGAGGUGUCAAUCUUUGUUACGCGAGUCGGCAGGCGAGAUUGAAUUGUUUUCUGAUAGGGAAGCCGAGGGUCGCGCUGAGGGUGAGUGGUGGAGGUUCAUCCGGUGAUGAGUGUGCUCGCCGCCGCGACGUUGUGUCGUUGUUGAAGAACGACGGUAUAAGUAGCUUUCGGGAGAAAGCCAUUGCGAGCUCCGUUGCAGUAGCUGGCUGUAAUUCAUUCUUUCUCGUCCCGAAUUCUUCCUCAGUUGCAAAUUUGGUUGCUGUUGGAAAUGCAAAGGCUGUGUCCUCGGACAAAUUACUGGAAGAUGCUGCAUUCCUUUACACUCUAGCUGAUGGGAGCAUUGGGGACUGGUUGGGAGGAUUCCUGUAUUCUGCUAAUCAACAGGCUAAUGAAGCUGUUCAGGGCCAAUUAUCAGCACUUAGCUUCACCAGUUUGGCUGUUAUUUUUGGGGCAGGACUUGUAACUAGUCUUUCUCCAUGUACAUUGAGUGUUCUACCUUUGACGCUUGGUUACAUUGGAGCAUUUGGCUCUGGCAAAAGCAGAACAGAGGUCAUUGGUGACUCGGUCGCAUUCUCCUUAGGAUUGGCAACUACGCUUGCUCUUUUAGGUGUAGCUGCCUCUGUUGCUGGAAAGGCAUAUGGGCAGAUAGGGCAAGGAUUACCCUUGGCAGCUUCUGGAUUGGCGAUAUUUAUGGGUCUCAAUCUGCUGGAGGUGAUUGAGUUGCAACUUCCUUCCUUUUUUGACAACUUCGACCCUCGUGCUGCUGCUGCUAAUUUUCCUUCAAGUGUGCAAGCAUAUUUAGCUGGGCUCACAUUUGCAUUGGCUGCAUCACCUUGCAGUACGCCUGUGCUGGCAACUUUGCUAGGAUAUGUAGCCACCUCUAAGGAUCCAAUAGUUGGGGGCAGCCUGCUUUUGACAUACACAACUGGUUAUGUUGCUCCACUUCUUCUUGCUGCUUCUUUUGCUGGAGCGUUGCAGAGUCUACUGUCGUUCCGGAAGUUCUCAGCAUGGAUCAACCCCACCAGCGGAGCCCUACUGUUAGGAGGGGGAGUGUACACUUUCUUGGAUAGACUCUUCCCUAUUUCAAUGUCGAUGUAGGAGUCGCCACAGGUCAGGAGCUUCAAGUAAACAAUCGGGGAUAGGGAAGUACGUAUAUUUCGAUUUAGUUUCAGCUGUCUCCUGCCAUCUUGGUUCUGUGGAAAGCAGGAUGAAAUUGGUCUAUAUAAUACAUCAAUGUCAUGUCCAUACUCAGUCCUUUUGAUUGCAUUUCCCUAAUUUUCUGUAUCACGAAUUAAUUGCAACGACAGAUGCAUUUUCAAGAACUAAAGAUUAGUGGACCUCUUUGGUCCUUGAGUCCUUGACAUUUCUGAAGGAACCCGAUGACAGAACAGAACUAGUAAUAAUUAUCCCAAACUCUUUGGAUUGUCGUCACUCAUAGUAUUGGAAUGCGUAGAGAAGGCAAGUAGGCAACGCCUAACAAGUAGCAAGAUAAGAUAAGGUGGCCAGGCAGCAGGCAAAAGUGUCGGUUGCAGAACGGAAUUCCUCUCCCAGGCGUGCUUUCUUUGUGCUCAGACAGAUUGGUAACAUUUUCCAGUUAAGGGCAGAAACCCAACAGAAGGGAUUACAGAGGCAUGGCUUCCAGUUCAGGCACAGCCGUUUUACUUAUCGGUUAUAAUGCAUUCAAAAGUGUGAUUCUAUAUUGAAGCGUUUUGGAACCUAAAAGUAUAAGAUGCUUUAAAUCGUGGGUUUGACUACAUUAAUAAGGUGGGAAAACAUUAUUAUCCG